AAAAUAUGUCACUGCACCCGCGAUGCCGAUUUUCCACCGCGACCACGACCGGCAAAAGCCCGGUGUCGCCAGCGACAUUUCGUCCAACUUGGACCGGAGCGGGGGUGCUUCCAUCGAACCGAGAUCCCCCUCUCCCGGUUGCAAGCUGAGCUCUGAUGCACUGCCUUCAGACACCGGUACGGCCAAAAACGAUGUUACAUUGCAGCCAAGCCCCGUCACCAAGAAGCCCUUCACCAGUCCGUGGGCUCAGAAGAGACCAAGCAGCGACGACGAAAACGGCACCAAGUCCCGGGGGCCACUAGGACUGCGUCUUUUGCAUUCGUCCCCCGAGCCGCUGAUGGACUUGAUAUUUGUCCAUGGAUUGCGUGGCGGGUCUGUAAAAACAUGGCAGAAAGGAAAGGACCCUCGUUUCUUCUGGCCCCAGUUCUGGUUGCCCAUGGAGCCGGAGUUCAACAACGUGAACAUCCAUAGCUUUGGGUACGAUGCAGACUGGGCAAGUAGCAAGGCCAGCAUCCUCAACGUGCAUGACUUCGGCCAGUCUCUUCUAGAAGAGAUGAGAAACUCCCCUUCUUUGAUAAACAACUCCAGUGCACCAAUUGUCCUACUUGGACACUCCAUGGGGGGUCUUGUAAUCAAGAAGGCCUUUGUUCUAUCUAAGGAGGUCUCGGAGUUCCGAGAUCGCAUCCGGUGUAUCUUCUUCCUCGCCACACCACAUCGAGGUUCCAAUUACGCCGCAAUGUUAAACAACAUUCUCACAGUCUCCGGAGUCAUGUCCUCACGGCCCUACAUAUCCGAUCUAACGACUAGCUCAACCUCCGCUCAGCGUAUCAACGAUGACUUUGUAAAGUACGCAAACGACUUGACGAUAUUCUCAUUUUAUGAAACGCUUCCUAUGAGCAUCCGUAUUUCAUCGCGGAUAAUAGUUGAGAAGAAUUCAGCAAUUUUAGGAUGCAGUAAUGAAAGAGUUCAGUAUCUCAACGCGAGUCACAAGGAUAUUUGCAAAUUCGACGGCCGAGAGGAUCCAAACUACGUCACUUUAAAGAACGCCCUGGCUGGCGCAUUGCAAAUCUUGCUUCAGGGUGUCUCAAUGACCGAGAAAGAAAAGGCAGCGGAGCAAAUGAAACUUCUCGAGCCAUAUCUUGGCAUAUCAGAUCUACCCGACGAGCAGUACCACAAGGUCGAGGGCUCUUGUCGAUGGAUCGACUCUCGAGAUGACUUCCAAGACUGGAGAGAUUCCGCCGCCGACAUCAUUACUGUGGAGAAAGAAGAGGCAGAGGCAACCAAGAACAACCCCUCAAUAUAUUGGGUCCGCGCCAACCCAGGUACAGGCAAAACCUACCUCGCCUCUCAUGUCAUUGCAGAACUCCAGAACUCUCGGUUGGAGUGUGCUUAUCAUUACUUUCAUGUCGGAAACGAGAACUCGCGCUCGCUUGGGGGUUGCUUACGGUCCAUAGCCUACCAGAUGGCCAUAUCUAAUGCGGCAGUCAGAGAGAAGUUAUCAAGGUUACGUGAUGAUGGGUCCACAUUUGACAAGGACGAUUCUCUCACCAUCUGGAAUAUGAUCUUCAAAAAGAGCAUCUUCCAGGCUUGCGUUACAUCGACUCAGUACUGGGUAGUUGACGCCCUCGACGAGUGUUUCAAGUAUCAGGAGUUCUUCUCCAUGCUGAAGGGGGCGAACCCAAGCUUUCCGCUGCGAAUAUUCAUCACGAGUCGCGAAGUCUCUGACUUUCAACGGCUCUAUCGCCCUCUAGAAGCAUCUGCAUGUCUUACAUGCAUCGAGAUACCCGAGAAAGAUAGUAUUAGCGAUAUUGAGUGCUACAUUGAGAGUCGUAUCGAGAACCUACCCAUCGACACCAUUGCGGACAAAAAGGAGCUGAAAAUCAAAGUGCUCCGACGUUCGAAUGCUUCAUUCCUGUGGGUGCGACUUGUUCUAGACGAACUCGAACAGGUGUACUCCAAGGAGAGCAUUCUACAAGUCCUUGAAGGUAUCCCGGAAGGGAUGGUACCGUACUAUGAGAGAACAACAGGAGCAAUGGCAGAAAACAAAUUAGAGAAGCACAUCGCCAAGGCCGUGCUUGUCUGGGUCGUGGCGGCUUGUCGAAAAAUGACGAUAUCGGAGCUAUCGAACGCGUUGAAGCUAGACAUCAACACCAUCCUGCCAAGCGCCAAAAGCGCCGUCACAGGACUCUGUGGUCAGCUCGUAUCCAUCGACAGGGUCUCCGACGUGGUCGAUGUCAUUCAUCCUACAGCCCGCGAGUUCCUCUUAUCUCCAGACGCUGGGGAAUUCACCGUCUCAAGUCCGAAUGCACAUGAAAGGAUUGCAUUGACAUGCUUGCAACUUCUUUCCUCCAAUGAACUGCAACCGCCAAAGAAUAGGAGGUUUCCAUCGCCCCAUCAAAGGCAGGAUGAACCAUCACCGUUCCUCGAUUACGCGCUCACGCAGUUUUCGGAACAUAUCAAUAGCGCGUUGGCCGAGCCUGAUGAAUUACUCCUUGCGUUGGAUCUCUUCUUUAGGUCGACUGCAUUGUCCUGGAUAGACAGAGUCGCUCGAAAAGGCGAUUUGCACUGCCUCAUUCGAACAUCUAAAAACUUGAAGGCUUACGUAGAUCGAAGAGUUAAGCACCACUCUCCGCUCAGCGGCCAGAUCAAGAACAUAUAUGGCUGGUCAGUAGAUUUGAGCAGGUUGGUGGCCAAGUUUGGAGCUGCUCUUAUUGAAAAUCCUUCGUCAAUCUACUCUCUCAUCCCCCCUCUUUGCCCAUCACAGUCGGCCAUAUACCAACAGUUUAGAAGAAUGCCAGACGGUCUGACGGUAGUUGGGUUUAAGAGCGAGACUUGGGAUGACUGUGUUGCCUCUGUCAGCUUUGGGGACGAUGUCGCUGUAGCUAUUUCAUGUGGCGAGAACCUCAUCGCUGUGGGUAUGGAAUCCAACGACGUUGGGUUGUACAACCAGCGAAGUUGUCAAAAAGAGGGCGUUCUCCAUGUGAAGCAUCCGGUUGACUUGGUCCAUUUCGCCGACAGCUUUAUUGCGGCCUGCACUACCAGGACAAUAACUCUCCAGGACCUCAACGGAAACACUAUUUGGGAGACUCGGUUGAGAUUCCGCUGCAUACUUCUUACAUCUUCUGCAAACACUAUCAUCGCAGUCUCUCAACAUGGCCAUAUUCUGACAUGGGAUAUGAAGAGUGGCGAGCUCUUGGAUGACCAGACCAUCGCGUAUAGACACUUUGACAGCGAUACUGAGCAGAGCGUGCCUGCCGCCAGGGCGCCAUCACUAGCUUCCAUCUCACCGGAUAUGGAAACUCUGGCCCUCGGGUACAGGGGUGGUGCGGUAUGUCUUUGGGAUCUCGGUAGUGGCGAUCUUGUCGGUUGGGCGCGAGACGAGGAAGACAGACUCGCUGCUAAGCUCUUGUUCAAUCCGAACCCGGAUGCCAAUCUCCUCCUCGUCAUCUAUACUAAUCACGACCUCUCACUUUACGACACCUGGUCGGGGAGCCUGGUCAGCACUCACAAGACUUCCAACGACGUCGGCCUGCUAUCGGCGUCCUGUUCCCCGGAUGGCCGAACCCUCGCCACAACCGAUAUGCAGGGCAACAUGCAGAUCUGGGACUUUAGCUCACUCAGCCUCCUCUAUCACGUUUUAUCUCCGUUUCCCUCUUUCCGGAUCCUCAAUUUCACCUCCGACGGGUCAAGCAUAGUGGAUGUGAUGGAUUCAGGCAUGCGCAUCUGGUCUCCGGCAGCCCUCGUCCGCAAAAACUUCGAGGAGGAUAACAGCGUCAGCGACGACGCGCCGAAUCUUCCAGUCAUUGAGGGGCAGUACGAAUCGCUGCGGACGUCGCGCAUAACUGCUCUUUGUUCUCAUCCCUCCCUACCAGCCGUCUUUGCCGGGAAGUACAAUGGCGAAGUCCUGGCCUUCAACACGCGCACAGGGCAACGGACAUCGGUGCUCUAUUCGCACUCUUCAGCAUCCUUCAUCACGGAAUUGGCCGUCAGCAGAGACAACAUUAUAGCGUCAAGCGAUGUGAGCGGCGCUUUGCAGGUCUGGAAGCUUGUACCAGGUCCAUCGUCGUCCCUAAAAGGCGGCAGCCUCUUGCUUCGACGGCCACCAACGACGCAAAUAAGGCAGCUGUGCUUCAGCGCAAAUGGAUCCUUCUUGCUCGUGGCAACAACUCUCUCGGAUCAUGUCUACAAUAUGAAGGAUGGAUCUUACAUUGGAUCCCUUCACUUUGAAGUUCACGAAAGAGGGAUCUGGCGAUGGUUAUCAGUGCCUGAGCAGGAGACUACUGAGCAGUUCUCCUUGAUAAAUGAUCGCACAUUGAGGAGAUAUGACGCCCAAAAUUUCCCUAACCAGAGCGAAAGUUCCGAUAUAUUGCUGGAUUACAGACUACCUGAGGAUAGCAAAGGGACCAAUAUCGACAUGGCGGUCGUGCACCCGAGCAGUCGUACUCUGGUCCUCGAAAUGAGAUAUGACUUGGGCAAUGCUUCAUGUUCGAUUUCCUUCCUGUUCAAUCUGAGCCUUGCAACAUCUGAGUCGAACAUCAAGACAUUAUUGGCGUCCCAUGAUGUCUUUUCCAGCCAUUGCAAGCAUUUCAUGGGAUUCAGCCACCAGGCGCCUCACUUCGUCUUUCUGCAUCGAAACUCAUGGCUAUCCAGCUGCAGCCUCGAGGAUUUCGCACAAAACCGGCAUUCGCAGCAUUUUUUCGUGCCGGACGAGUACAUCUCGACUAGCCACGAAGUUCUCCCGGUAAAGACAGCUGAGGACGAUUUCGUUUUUUGUUUGCAUGGUGAACUCGCUAUUGUUAAGAACGGACGUAAAUUCCAAGAUGUAAAGGUAUUUAAGUAGCGAGUUAGAUUAAUAGACCAAGAAACAAUGAC